UCAGCUGAUUGCAUUUAUGAACGAGAAAUGGCAUGGACGGAAAAUCUCCGUCUCCUCCCCCCUAUAACAGCGGGUUUUGUUGAGUGUUGGGCGAGUGAAGGCAACUCCAUCCCUCAAAAAGUUCAGAAGAGGGGUUACAGCAAUUUUAUCGAGGGGUAUAUCCACGAAAUCAAAGUCAGGAGGAGAGAGGACGGCUGUACCGUGAAGGCUAGGGCAUUCCCAUCAAUGCGAAAGAACAAGUCACCAUACGCAGUCCAGGUUGACCUUACUACUGGAAGUCAAUUGAAAGAUGUCAUCUGCAGCUGCAAGGCUGGUCUUGGGCGAUGCGCACAUGUUAUUGGACUCCUGUACACCUUAGCCCACUUCCAAAAAUUAGGCCUUAAAUCAGUCCCACCAAUCCGAAGCAAAACCUCUCUGCCACAAACGUGGCACAUCCCACAGCGGUCUUUGGGGUUGACUCCCAAACCCAUAAAUUUGGUCACAGUCAACAAAAUUAAGCCACACCAAAAUGACCCUGCCACCACCUCAAAGGUUCAAGGAAUAGCCACAAAUUUUUAUUGCCCAGUCCCACUCCCCCUUCCAAGUAAACAAUUUGCUAAUAGGUUAAAAGAAAACUUACAAAUGUCAGGCAGUACAUGCCAGCUAGCCACAUUAAUGACGACAGCAUCAUAUAGGCCAACCUAUGUCCCAUCGCCUUACGGUGAAAUCCCCAAAGGUUGCGUUUUAAACCAUCACGCCUUACCAGCAGUACAAUCAGCUGAUGAUGAUGCCUACCCUCCCUUUGAUUUGCCUCCACAACCACCAACUUAUGUCACUGUUCUUAGACAGGAUGAACAUGAUUACUAUAAUGGCAUGUCAAUUACUUUGCCUGAUGCACAAGGCAUAGAGUAUGACACUCGAAGCCAAGCCAACACCAAACUGUGGCAUUCAGUACGUUCCCAGCGAAUUACAGCUACAAUGUUUAAAAGAGUAUGCUGUCGGAAAGCCGACUUAGAUACUCUUGCAUCAAACUUGACAAGUUGUAAGAAAACAGUGCAAACGCAGGCGAUGCGAAGGGGUGUCUACAUGGAACCAGUGGCUGCAGAUAAGUAUCAAUUAAUUACAGGCAACAGCAUUCUGCCAUGUGGAUUUGUAAUCAACCCCUCUGCUCCACACUUAGGCGCCACACCAGACAGGAAAGUUAUUGACCAUUCUGAAGCAUGUCCUUAUGGCCUCCUUGAGAUUAAAUGCCCUGACAAAGAGAUGUGUGCAGACUGUCCCUAUCUCACACAAGACAAAGAAGGGGGGUUGUCAUUAAAAUCAGGUCAUGAGUACCAGUACCAAAUGUUUGGACAGAUGGGCCUUACCGUUGUGUAA